AUGAAAUCUCUCAAAUUUCUUCUCAUUUUCACAGCCGUUAUUUUCAUUGCGUUGGGAUUCAAAUCCUCUCUUCCAUUAGCCACCACUCACCUCCAUCUCCUAUGGACUUUCUUCCUUCUAUGCUUCACUCCUCCAUACCUCUUCUUUACCCUCAACGCCAUCAUCAUCUCCAUCCUCGCUUCCUCCAACUUCCACCAAUCCCAAACCCAACCAAACCAUCCAAUUCUGGACCCCACUAUUCUCGUCUCAAACACCGUCCUCCUGGACGAUUCACCCGCGUCCAAAGAUCAAGAAAUUGACCAAGUAACGAAAACAAUCGACCUCGGAAAUUCGCCACCGAUCGAUAAACCUCUCGUUUCUUCCAGGUUCAUUCACCGGAAGCCUCUUAAAUCCACUCCCGAAGGUGGGAAAUCGUUGAAGGUGGCCGCGAAGCAAAAACGGCACGAGACGUUGGAGAGCACGUGGAAGGCGAUAACGGAGGGCCGGUCAAUGCCGUUAAGUAGACACAUCAAGAAGUCUGACACGCGGCAACACCGUUAUGAAGUUGACCCACAUCAACCAGAAGAUUCUGUCGGCGAUUUGAACUUGAACAAGACUGUGAGGCUGAGAAAAGAACCGUCGCUGAGUCAAGACGAGUUGAAUAAACGAGUGGAAGCGUUUAUAAGAAACUUCAAUCACCAAAUGAGGUUGCAAAGAGAAGAAUCAUUAUUGAAUCACUACAAGAACAACAUUAACCGUGGCGCUAUUUAG